ACAGGUUGUUUAAUAACCUUGAACAUAUUUAUAUAUAAUAAUGAUCACAUUUCUUCUGUAAUUUUAUCUAAAUUGUUUACAAGAAUAAAUAUAUUGUUUGAUUUGUUGCUUGACUUCUUAUUUUUACACUAAAAGUUUUCCUCCUCCAUGAAACACAUUUAAUCUGAGGUUUAAAUCAACACCAAUCUGCUGCACCUUCAUCUAAAAACUAUGUAGAAACACAUGAGAUGUGGCGAGUGGCCAGUUAUUAAUGUCGAGAAGGACAAGGAUCUACGUUUCUCUCGGCCUCUUCACAGACAGAUCAUUUUUCUGCUCCUCCUCUAAAGACUUCUGGUCUUUACAUCAGAAAGAGAUGAUAAAAGCUUGCGGUCAGAGCGAGUUGCACUGCCACUUCCCCUCACUCCUGUAGCUGUAAAUGAUUCUGAAGCUCACUGAUAAUUUCCUCCUUGUGAACAGAGAUCAAGUCUCAUCAUGAAGAUCCUCCACAUUCACUUCUAUCUACUUGUGUUCUGUGGAGCUGCUGAAUGUUUCACAGAGAAGUCUGUAGAUUUGGGACAAAAUGUGACUCUAAAGUGUGAAGUAUCAGUAAAUAAUGUGUACUGGUUCCUGAUGAAGGCGUCAGAACCUCCAGUGUUUAUAUUACGCUCUUUCUUCAGUAUUUCCCUGACAGCAGAUUACAGUAACACAACCUUCAACAAGAGAUUCUCACUGCAGUAUAACAGCAGUUUAUUUAUACACAAUAUCAGUACUAAUGAAUUAGGAGUCUAUUAUUGUAUUUAUAUUCAAAAAGGUUCAUCUCCAAACAUCAGCCGUGGAAUCAGACUUUACAUCCAGAGUCACUCAGCUGAGAAUCAGACUGAAGUGUGUCAGAUUCAGACUCUUGAUAAAGAUGGAAAGAUCAGACUCUGGAGAAAUCUCUUCAUCAUAACAGGACUUGUGAUCGGUGUUGUGAUGGUUGCAGUUACAGAGCUGGUCAUCAAAUGCAAAAAAUUGUGUUUGACUGCCAGAACCAUGAGAGCUUUCACCAUCAUCUAUAGAUGUUUAUUAUUCUUCAUGGUCCAUCUGCUGAUACACAAUGUGUUGGUGCAGAGCAUUGAGACUCGUGAAGCCUUCGUAGGUCAUACAGUCAUCUUACCAUGUUCCAUCGACCGCACUGUAGUUACUGUGGAUGUGUUUUGGCGAGAUGAUGAACAAAAAGUUUUGGUUGAUAUCAUCAAGAGUAAAGAAGUUUUUUCUGAUCAGAGCCCAGAAUACAGAGACAGAGUUCAAACUUUUCAAACUGAGAUUGCAAAUGGAAACUUCUCCAUCAAGCUGAGUAAUGUGACGCUCUAUGACUCGGGAACUUACACCUGUCAUCCCCCCCCUCGAGCUGUUCAGAGUGUAAAACUGAGUGUUAAAGAAGGAGAAAAAAAAAUCACUCCAAGGAAUGGUGACAUCACAAUAAGAGCAAGCAGCUUGUUCCUGCUGGGGUUCAGUCUGCUGUACAGUUUGGACUUUUAAAUACAACAUGUGCCUGAGAUACAGUAGGCACAGGCUC